GAGCUGAGAGAUUAUGUUGUAAAGUUGUUUUUUUUGUUUUUGGUCAUCGUGAAUUCGUGACCGGGUUGUAGUUAUUAGUUAAUAUAGUUACCUUUAAAAGUUUUGAACUUCAAAAAUCUUACAUUAUUUUUCGUAUAUUAUUAUCUUCUUACUGUAGAGAGUUGAUAUUUAAUCAUUUUAACUGCAAUCCUUGGUUUUAUUGAAACAGUGUGAAAUUACUAUGGAUUCACUUAUACGAAUUGUAAAUAAACUUCAGGAUGUUUUUUCUGUGUUUGGAGAACAGCAACUUACUGAUUUACCACAAAUUGUUAAUUUACCACAGAUUGUGGUUGUGGGAACUCAAAGUUCUGGAAAAAGUUCAGUUCUAGAAAGCAUCGUGGGAAAAUCAUUUUUACCUAGAGGAACUGGUGUAGUUACCAGGGCACCAUUAGUAAUACAAAUGAUAAGGUACACUGAGGAAACAAGAAAAUCUAUGUUAAUGUCAAAUAACAUUGAGGACAAUGAAACAUUAACAGAAUGGGUAGAGUUUUUACAUAAGCCAAAUGAAUAUUUUAUUGAUUUCAAUUUGGUACGCGAUGAAAUUGAAUGUAGGACAAACAUUCUAGCUGGAACCAAUAAGGGCAUAACACACAGUCAAAUUUUAUUGAAAAUUCACACUAAUCGCUACGAUCUAACUUUUGUAGAUUUGCCAGGAAUAACAAAAGUAGCUGUAGGAGACCAACCUGAAGACAUCGAUGAACAAAUACAAAAAUUGGUUAUUUCUUAUGUAAAACAGUCCAACUCUAUUAUUUUAGCAGUGGUGACUGCAAAUACAGACCCGUCAACAAGUGAAAGUCUUCAAAUAGCAAAAAAAUUAGACCCUGAUGGUAUUAGAACUAUAGCUGUAGUUACAAAAUUGGAUCUGAUUGAUGAUGGAACACAACAAGACACAAAGGAUUUACUGUGUGGUCGUAGGAUUCCGGUAAAAUUAGGCAUCAUCGGUGUAGUGAACAGAAGUCAAAAAGACAUCAUUGAAAAUAAAUCAAUGGACGCAACACUGACGUCAGAAACAGAAUUUCUUAAAACUAACUAUCCAGAUAUAUAUACGAAACACGGCAACAAAGCAUUAGCUCAUACGUUGCAAAUGGUAUUGAUAACACACAUUAAAAAAGUAUAUCCAAAACUUAAAUUUGAACUCGAAGAAAUGAAACAUAAAUUGGGAAAAAAACUUUUGGCCAUGCAUACACCAGAUAACAAUAUAUCUUUUUUAAUAGGACUUCUAAAGGAUAUCAGCAAAUCUUAUGAAGACACUAUAAAUGGAAAUCAAAAUGAUGUUUCAGUUGAAAAAAUUGUUGGUGGCGCUAGUAUUGCUCGAAUAAUCCAACAAAAAUAUCUAAAGACAAUAAAUGCCAUUGACCCAUUACAGGAUUUAUCAAACGAAAAUAUUGCAAAAAUAUUAUUAAAUACAUCAGGUACUAACCAAAGUACUUUUGUGAAUGAAAAGGCGUUACAAAAGAUUUUAAAACGACAAUUAAAUAACUUGAUCGAGCCAUCAUUGGAUUGUGUAGAAUUGGUACGCAAUGAGAUGUUAAAUAUAUUGAAUUCCAUUGAUAUCAGAUGUUUAGAAACACUCAAACGAUACCCACAACUCAAUGAAGAUGUGCAAAAAGUUUUUGAUAAGUUGCUGGAAGAAAAUGUGAAUAAUAUCAAAGAAUUUAUUGCAUCAUACAUAGAAUCUUAUCAAGAAUGUUUAAAUACUGCAAAUCCAGAUUUUAUAAUGGAAAUUGUAAAAUCGAAUAAUACAAUUCAAGAAGAAAUUCUUGCAGCGGCAAAUAUAAAUAAUUAUGCUAAUGAUGAUACAUCAGAUACACUAUUAACAACCCAGCCUGCUUUCACGUUUGGAAAGUCUCUAGGAAAGCCAAUUCCCAUUUCCCAACUAAUUCCUGACAAAGUGGCCCAACUCAAAAAAAUAGAAAUUAAUAGAAUACAAAUGUUGAAUCAAUUAUUAUCAGGUCUUAAUAACCAAGAAGUAUCCUUAGAAUCGUCUGAACAGGUAAAGUUACAUAGAGAUUUAAGUCAAUGUUAUUUUGAGUACAUCAGAAAAAUUAUACGGGACUUUGUGCCCAAAAGAAUUAAACAUAAAAUGAUAAAUUCAUUUUUAAAAGACCUCGAUAAGCGUUUAAAUGAAGAAAUUUUUCAAACUUAUUUAAUUGAAAAGAAAAUUGAUGAGGUACUUUUAGAAGAUGAAAGUUUUAAAAAUGAUAGAAAUAAUGUUGAGGCCAAGUUGGAUGCAGUAAGAAAAGCUUUAAAAAGUAUGAUUGAUAUUCAAUAUUUUUAAUUUAUUUUUUGAAAAUCUAAAUUCUUACUUUCGACAUAAUAUAAUAGCAUUUAUAAUAGUUAAUGGACAUCUUAAACAUAAGUUUCUAAUUUAUAUAUUUUUAUAUAACAUAAUUAUAAAAAUUAUCCAUUUUGUUAUGCCUUAAUUUAUAUUAUAUAUUAUUUAAUUUAAUUAUUCAUUUAAAAAUAAAUUAUACGCCUUUAAGAUCUUUCUAUGCUGUUGCAUUUGAAAUUUCUACUUUUGUGUACAAAAAAACAUAAUUCAGUC